GUGAGUAUUUACUUAGCCCGCGUAUGAAGCAGUCUACAGUUUGAGGAGGCACUUUAAAAGAUAAUUCUGUUCAAUGGGGAGCGUACCUAUUAGGGGCCCCAGGAUCUGUUUUUGAUGGGCCUCUAUCGCUCAACCGGGCGACUUAUCAAUAGGAGCGGCAACACGCUUUUUGGGAGACCUGGAAAUAUUGGGCUAUGCUACAGUACUUUGUAUGGUACUGGCACUCGAACACUACAUGCCUCCCCAAAUGAUACCUUGGGCCGCAUUUGUUCGCCAUUCGCGUCAGAUCACAACCUCCUGUGUCGCAGCAGCAAUGGUUGUAUGCUCGCGGGAAAAUGUAUGAAUCUUCCGUCCAAAAGUCCACGAGCUGCGGCUCGCUAUUUGUCUUCCUGGGUUUGGAAUCGCCCUAGGCUAUUCGCGCCAAGUGACCAUGACAAAGACCACCAUUCCACACCUUCCAAAGAUGAUGGCUUUUCCAGUAACUAUUCACAAAACGGAAAUAUCACUGGACCUCCUUUAUUACCACAGAAGGACUUAUCAUGCUCCACGUCUACAAAUGAUGUCUCGCCACAGUUUUGGAGCCAUCGAUUGUUCAAGAGUCAGACGGGGGAUGAUGUGGUUGUACACUACUGCCAAACCCUCGAAAGCACCGAGCGGGUGGCACAGCUCUUCCUGAACGAUACAGUACUAGGGUUCGACAUGGAAUGGCAGCCCGAAGCCACCAGUUCCGAUAAGAUACAGAACAAUGUUUCACUCAUCCAACUCGCCGGCUGCGACAGAAUCGCACUGUUCCAGAUCGCCCUAUUCUCUCCGGGGGAAACGAUAAAGGAUUUAGUGGCCCCCACGUUGAAACGCAUCCUGGAAAGUCCAGACAUUACUAAAACCGGCGUGGCUGUCAAGUCAGAUAGCACCCGUCUUCGAACGCAUCUCGGAAUCAACCCUCGUGGGAUCUUUGAACUUAGUCAUCUAUAUCGUCUUGUCAAAUACUACAACACCCCUUCCCUGAUCAACAAGAAACUUGUUGGUAUGAGCAAGCAGGUUGACGAGCAUUUUGGUAUGCCUUUGCGAAAAGAUCCCUUUGUACGAUGCAGCAACUGGUCGUCUCCGCUGACCGAGGAUCAAAUCCACUACGCCGCUGCAGACGCAUAUGCCGGCUAUCAAUUAUUCUGUAUCAUGGAUGCGAAGCGAAAAGCCAUGUCUCCGACUCCGCCGUUGCCAGCGCACGCCGAGUUGAACCUACCGAUACGAAUGUACAGCAAGAAAACCACUUCUAAGGAUCCUGUUGACGUCAAAAGUCGAGGUGUGGCGCCUUGUUUUGUGCCUCGACGGUAUGAACGGGAGGUAUCAGUUAUGCCCAAGUCAACGCCCCGUUUACCAUUGGCCCUUACGCCGUCUAUCACGAAACGCCGUACAGGAGCUAGGAUUUCUCGAGCCACACGAUAGGGCCGUCUAGCUUGUGUGCGAGGCUGUAUGUAAUAUCAAGUAUCCGCGAUAGUCUGCGCUCUGAGAGUGCGCUACGAUGUGUAUACGAAUUCACUAACAUUACCCAUAACACUCUGACUACCAAGUCCGUGCCAUGCACAUACCAUGAGAUGUUCAAGAUUAGGAAGGUAUAUCUACAGCUUGGCUAACCAAGGCCUGCAUCUUUCACACGCGUCGAUGCUCGAAAAGUGGUGAAUAGAAUAUUCUUUGUACAGCGUCAUAUCUCGGUGUCUUUUAGUAUUAUCCACUUCAGCCUCUCAAGGGCAGCACCUUAGAAGCGAGGACUUCUUGUCGACAAAGAGGGCAUUCGGGUUUCUCGCGAACCCAGUCACAAAUACAUGUCCAGCAAAACACAUGCCCACAGGUCGUGACACUUGGAUCCUUAAAGGACUCCAAGCAGAGAGUACACUUGCGUUGUUGUCCGGUGGGAAUCCAAGGGAUGGCGUCAGGGUCCUCUGAGAGAUCAUAUCGAGCGCUAGAAGCAGGAAGAAGAGGGAGCGUGGAUGGGUUCUCAAUCGAGCGUACUAGAGUAUCUUCUUGGCCGCGGGGCCCCGGAGAAUCGGAAAGCGAGUCUGAGGUCUCUUGGCCUGCACUCGUAGUAACUUUUUGGACGUGAAGAAUACUUUGGACUGCUAUUUGCAGAACAAGUAGUACUCCCAGUACCUCAUAGCCGACGCGCUGCUCGUUUUGCUCUAGUUUCUUCGUAAAGACGUAACGAAGCCCCCAAACCCGUUUCGACAGGUGAUAAUAAGAGCCUGUGAAGUAGAAAGUUGCAAUGCUGAGUGCAUAAAUUGGCGAUAAGGAUGUGAUGGAAUCGAGAUGCUCCAAGAUGUACUUCUGGAUACGUAGUUUCGUGAAUAAUGACUGCUUCCUUGGUUUGCCGUUUGAAGCAAAUUCAGUUGCUCCUUUUGUCUGUUGCGCCUUCUGUUGUUGUCGGGCGAUACUACGCUCUAGUUUAGCGCGUAGACGCUGUCGAAAACCGGGCAGUAUCCGCUGUAGUGUCCAUGGCACCAUUAUGCUGCUCAGAAUGUAUCCCGCGCGCCUGGCUACUGACGGCAGCUGUAGGGUGUCAUCUUCAAGUUGGACAAGGUCGCAAUACUCUUCUCCCAGAGUCCGGUUUCCGAUCAGCGUCGUCAGGGAAAAAUACAACAGCUCGGUGAGGUUCUUGAUAGCUUCCGAGUGCGUAUGCGCAUAGCGAGCACCACGAAGUUUUCGAACGAUGGACUGUGUCUGGUUGGUCAAGUUGGCAGUAAGGAAGGCAUCCUUCUCGUGCGAACGGAUAAUGUCCGGCGACGUCGCAAACGGGUAGAAAUGGGCCGAGGGUCUGGUUGGAGGAGGGGUCGUGGUCGAGAGCGAUAGGUCUUCGUCGGCCAUUGUUAGUGGAUAGAAGCAGUGGAGGGAAGCUUAUAGCACAUUCGGAACAAAAAGAAGGCUGAUUCAGGAGAAAGAAUAUCUUUUGACUUUGACGGACGAUGCUGUUAAGAACCAUGCGCCGCUGGAGUCUG